UCUCAGUCUGUAUACAGUAUUCCUGUGUCUAUAUAUGAGUCAACUAUAGUUUAGUUGUAACUGGUGCAUCUCUACAUCUACAAUGGAGGAGAGACAAAGAUGGUCAAACAUAGUACCUGUGUUUCUUGUACUUUUUCUCACUUUGGUCCGAGACAUAUCAGCUUUAUCAAUAACAGUAACUGAUGUCGAGUGUGUUUAUGAGUAUGUUAUGUAUGAAGGGGAUACUAUUUCAGGCAACUUUGUUGUUGUUGAUCAUGAUAUCUUUUGGAGCUCUGACCAUCCUGGCAUUGACUUAGUUGUGACAUCUCCCGGGGGUAAUACAGUUCAUUCAGUGAAGGGUACAUCUGGAGACAAAUUCGAACUGAAGGCCCCACGGAGUGGAAUGUACAAAUUUUGCUUUCACAAUUCGUACUCAACACCAGAGACUGUCUCUUUCUACAUACAUGUUGGCCAUAUUCCCAACGAGCAUGACCUCGCUAAAGAUGAGCAUUUAGACCCUAUUAACGUAAAAAUUGCUGAGUUGAGGGAGGCACUCGAAUCAGUUACAGCAGAGCAGAAGUACUUGAAAGCACGUGAUGCUCGUCAUCGUCACACUAACGAGAGCACUAGAAAACGGGUGAUUUAUUAUACAAUUGGAGAGUACAUCUUGCUAGCUAUUGCAAGUGGACUCCAGGUUGCGUAUAUACGACGACUGUUCAGCAAGUCAGUUGCGUAUAAUCGUGUAUAGGGUGUAAUGAAGCUAUACAACUAGUUAUGUAACACCAUAGGAAGUUUCUGUCCUGGUGUCUGUAGUGCCAUGAAGAGAAGUUCACUGAAAUCUUUUUUAGUUUUGUGUACUAUGAAACAGAAUGAUAUGUUCUUAUAAAACUUGUCAUUUUCUUUUCUUUGUAUCAAACUUUGAAAAGAAUAUUAUUCACGGUUGUACUGGAUGAUAUGAUAAUUCAAUUUUGUUUAA